AUGACUGAAUUCACGGAGGCUAAUCGAGAAUACUUCGAUCAAAUGGCAUCUACCUACCAAAGCAAAUUUGCCGACUCCAUGAAGAUAAUUGCUGAGCAGACGCUCAAGCACCGACUUUGGCUUAGUGAUCGUUGGACAGACACUGAAUCGGGCAAGGGCCAGGAAGUGAAGCUCCUUGAAUAUGCCUGCGGGCCUGGAGUUGUUUCGAUGACUCUGGCACCCUUUCUCACCAAAGUGAUCGGUAUCGAUGUCUCCGAACAAAUGGUGGCCGAGUUCAACCGUAACGCCAGCACUAUCGGACUCGCCGACAAAAUGAUCGGCUACAAGGCGGACCUCCUUGCCGAUACUGCCCCAGAAGAGUUCUCUGGACCUGAAUACACCAACUUCGAUGUAGUGGCCGUGAGCAUGGCUUUGCACCACUUUGAACAUCCGGAUGUUGCACUGCAAAAGCUAGCAUCCCGGUUGAAGAAGGGUGGCUCAUUCAUGAUCAUCGACUUGAUCCCCAGCUCCGGCCACGAUCAUGGACAUGGUGAAGGUCAUGGACAUAGUCAUGGACAUCAUGACCACGGACAUGGCCAUGCCAAGAAGCAAGGACACGACUUCGGCGAUGCGGCUCAUACAGUGAAGGUGCAUGGAUUCUCGCGGGAUGACAUGGAGAAGUUGUUCAAGGAUGCUGGAUUGGGUGUUGGGUUUGAAUAUGAGUUGAUCCCUGAUCAGUUGAUAUUCAAGAAGGGAGAUAAGACUCACCACAAGACGGUCUUUAUUGCGCGUGCUCAACGCACUUGA